CAGGAAUUUAUAAUCAUGCGUGAAUGUCUCUCUGUCCAUGUCGGCCAAGCCGGUGUCCAAAUGGGCAAUGCAUGCUGGGAGCUCUACUGCCUGGAGCAUGGCAUCCAGCCUGACGGUCAGAUGCCCAGUGACAAGACCAUCGGAGGAGGAGACGACUCCUUCAACACCUUCUUCAGUGAGACCGGAGCUGGCAAACAUGUCCCCAGAGCCGUCUUCGUGGACUUGGAGCCAACCGUCAUCGGUGCCUACACCAACCUCAACAGGCUGAUUGGACAGAUUGUCUCCUCCAUCACCGCCUCCCUGCGCUUUGACGGCGCCUUGAACGUGGACCUGACGGAGUUCCAGACCAACUUGGUGCCCUACCCUCGCAUCCACUUCCCUCUGGCGACCUACGCCCCGGUUAUCUCCGCAGAGAAGGCCUAUCACGAGCAGCUCACUGUGGCUGAGAUCACCAACGCCUGCUUCGAGCCGGCCAAUCAGAUGGUGAAAUGCGACCCUCGCCACGGCAAAUACAUGGCCUGCUGCCUCCUGUACCGCGGCGACGUAGUCCCCAAAGACGUCAACUCGGCCAUCGCCACCAUCAAAACCAAGCGCACCAUCCAGUUUGUGGACUGGUGUCCCACAGGCUUCAAGGUGGGCAUCAACUACCAGCCUCCCACCGUGGUUCCUGGAGGAGACCUGGCCAAGGUGCAGCGGGCCGUGUGCAUGCUGAGCAACACCACCGCCAUCGCCGAGGCCUGGGCUCGCCUCGACCACAAGUUCGACCUGAUGUACGCCAAGAGGGCCUUCGUCCACUGGUACGUGGGAGAGGGGAUGGAGGAGGGGGAGUUCUCGGAGGCCAGAGAGGACAUGGCCGCCCUGGAGAAGGAUUACGAAGAGGUGGGCACCGACAGCGUCGGGGACGAAGGAGAGGAAGAGUACUAAGAGCUUAACACAAGGAGAUAAAUGUAUUCACACAACUGUAUUUCCAAAACUGUAACAAUGUUCUGUGUUUACACUUUAAAACAAUGUGUAACACUAUGUAUAAUAAAGCAAAACUGCUAAGCAUU